UCACGGGCACUGAUUGGUCGGCAGGCGGAAGUGACGUUGCGUGUUGUGGAUUGAGAGGGAGUUUGUACGCGCGCUUGUGAAACUCUCUCACUCAGACUGGAAUAAAGCUCAGAAGCGACUUCAGCUCUGUUUGGAUUUCGGUUUUAUGAGCGACGAUUCAAUUGUUUGAUUCAGAGAACAUGCCUGAACUCAAACUCAAGCAUGUCGUGUCCUGCAGCAGUGAAGAUAAUACUCAUAAAGCAGACAACCUCUUGAGCUCCGACACUUACAGAAAAUGGAAAGCUGCGAGACCUGGAGAAAAGCAAGUUUCUGUCAUCCUUCAAUUGGAAAAGGAAGAGCAAAUUCACAGCAUAGACAUUGGAAAUGAAGGCUCUGCUUUCAUAGAGGUCCUUGUCGGACACUCCACGUCUGUCAAAGAUCAAGACUUUGAGGUUCUGCUGGUCACAUCGUCCUUCAUGUCGCCCACUGAGAGCCGAAACGGCACAAACACAAACCGUGUGCGUUUCUUCGGGCCCGGUCAGCUGGUGAAGGCGCAAUCACAGGAGAAGUGGGAUCGCGUGAAGAUCGUCUGCAGUCAGCCCUACAGCAAGACUAUAGCGUACGGCAUCUCCUUCAUAAAGCUGCACUCUCCUCCAGACGGGAAUGAAGCCCUAGUCUCGACUCCACCGAAGCUGACCAAGCUGGGUCAAUUCCGAGUUAAAGACGAGUCUCCUUCUGCUGGGUCAAACGUGCAGCCUGGAGCUCUGUUCUUCAGCAGGGACACUUCAGCUAAAUCCAGCACUGGACUGAAGGUUUCUCCUCAGAAUGAGAGGUUGAGUUACGCCGCUGCUGCGCUGAAGACUGAGGGUUCGUCCACACACACGCCUGCCAGCGACACACAGCAGGCUCCCGUGAAGCGAAAGUUUGAGUUCAGUAAAGAGCGUCUGGAAGCUUCCGGUCCACCAGCCAAGAAGCCCAGUUCAUCUGCAUCUGCCGAAACCACACCGAAAGCCAAAGCAAGAUCCAGCAUGGGCACCAGUCCCAGCAGCAGAGCUUCUCCAGCACAGAAGUCAUCAGAUAAGCGAGAGAGUCCUAAAACUAAGCCAGAGUCCAAACCUAAACCCAAACCCAAGCCCAAGUCUUCAGAGUCCGUGCCUUUUAACCGGAUCCUGGAGGGAGUGGUGUUUGUGCUGAGCGGCUUCCAGAACCCUUUUCGUGCGGAUCUGCGGGAUAAAGCGCUGGCUCUGGGUGCUCGAUACCGGCCCGACUGGACUCCCGACGCCACACAUCUCAUCUGUGCGUUUGCAAACACACCCAAGUACAGUCAGGUGAAGGCAGCCGGAGGAAUCAUCGUCAGGAAGGAGUGGGUGAUGGACUGCCAUAAGAACAAGCAGAAGAUCUCCUGCAAACGGUAUCUGAUGGAUGGAGCUGAAUCCAGUUCAGAGAGUGAAGCGGAACAAGACGAGAGUGAGGAGGAAACUCCGAAAGCGAAAACACCAGAAAAGAAGCCAGUGACUCCUAAAAAGCAGCAGCCGGUUGAGGAGGAAGAGGAGGAGGAGGAGGAGUAUGGAGGCUCGACGGAUGAAGAAGGCCCAGGUGAUGACGGCUCUGGCAUGGACACCGAAGAUGAGCUCAACAGGGUGGAGAUGGCGAGCAGGAAGAAAAAGGCAGCAGAGCAAAGCGCAGAUAAGGGUAAAAAUGAAGAUCCGUAUGGCGGCUCGACUGAUGAAAACACAGACGCUGAGGAAGAGGAGGAUAAACCCAUCCCUGAACUGCCAGAUUUCCUAAAGGGGAAGCGCUUCUAUCUUUACGGCAAGUUCCCUGACAACCAAAAAAGACUACUUCUGCGCUACAUCAUCGCCUUCAAUGGAGCUGUUGAAGACUACAUGAGCGAGAAGGUCCAGUUCGUCAUCACCAGUGAAGGAUGGGACGACUCUUUCGAGGAUGCCUUGAUGGAAAAUGGGAGUCUGAGCUUUGUGAAGCCUACCUGGAUAUUCGCCAUCAAUGACAGACAGAAGAUGUUGCCUUAUCAGCCAUACACUGUUGUGCCUUAAUAGAGUUUUUUCAUGUUUUCUACCAUCAGUCCCUGCCUUGACCUGAGCAGACACUGGCUCAACCUAUAAACAAAAGACUUCUGCCGUUAUUUUAGCUCUCUAAUGUCUUUAGAGACCUGUCUGACUUUCUUCUGUUUGAUAGUUAACAGACCUUCUGUCCCACUGAGGAACAUCAUACAGGUUUGGAAAGAGGUGUGAAAUAAUAAAUGAAUGAAUUUACAAUCUUUGGAUUGAACUUUUAAUACCCCAUAUCUGUCACAGGUCUUUGUUUUGAUGCUGAAAAAUGGACUUAUGGCAUAUACCAGCCCACCAGCCCAGAUAUAAAAGACUCUGAUGCAUAUUCAUGAUCGGUUUUACCAGCAAUUCAAAGCUGUUUAUGAAGCUGUUAAAUAUUAAUUACUAAAGACCAAACCUGAAAUCCCUUUUGAUUCUGACUUGCGGAGAACGUGUUUAUUUAUAAUGUAUGUUCAGAUGUACUGUCAAUUAUUGAUUAACUGAUCCAUAUUUCGGUUUUUUGGCUUAUUGAGUUGGUUAAGAUGGAAAGAUUUCAACUUGGUGUGGUCUUUAGCAUUAAUAUUACAAUAAUAAUAUUGCUUUUGUGUGGAGCUCAAGCAUAUUUAAGAAAAAAAAGCACCUGAAAUUAAUAUUGCUGUACUUUUUUAAUGUUUCUUGUUCUUAAGUGUUGAUGUUUGUUGUUUUAUUUUGGAUUCACUUUAACGUUUGACUAAAUUCUUGAUGUAUUUUGCUUGUUACGUUUCUUUAAUGUAAGUAAUAUUUUGAGGUUCUAGUUUAAAAGAGCACAGAAUAAAGUUGGAAAAUAGUUGUGCUGAA